GUUCCAGGUGGUGGAAAUGGAGCGGGACAGGGACACUAAGGCAGGUGCAGUGUGGGCGGGGCUGGGUCCUGGGCUUUAUCUUUGGGCGUUUGCGGAACUGGGGCAGGGGCUGCCAAGUCCACAGCCCAAGUCCCUGCCCAGAGCAGCUGCCUCUGGCAAAUUGCUCAGCUGCCAGAGAAGUGACUGGAAUAGAGGUUGUAGCUUAGGCACCGCUGCUCCCUCCAGUCCCUCCGUGCAGCUGAUGAUGGCCCUGUGGCGCCUGCUCCAUCUCACCUUCCUGGGGUUCAGCAUUACCUGUCCGUUGGUCCACGGGCAGGGCUUCCAAGGGACAGCAGCCAUCUGGCCAUCCCUCUUCAACGUCAACUUGUCCAAGAAGGUUCAGGAAAGCAUCCAGAUCCCGAACAAUGGGAGUGCGCCCCUGCUCGUGGAUGUGCAGGUGUUUGUAUCCAACGUGUUUAAUGUGGACAUCCUGCGAUACACAGUGUCCUCCAUGCUGCUGCUUAGGCUGUCCUGGCUGGACACUCGCCUGGCCUGGAACACUAGCGCACACCCGCGGCACGCCAUCACGCUGCCCUGGGAGUCUCUCUGGACACCAAGGCUCACCAUCCUGGAGGCGCUCUGGGUGGACUGGAGGGACCAGAGCCCACAGGCCAGGGUAGACCAGGACGGCCACGUGAAGCUCAACCUGGCCCUCACCACGGAGACCAACUGCAAUUUUGAGCUCCUCCACUUCCCCAGGGACCACAGCAACUGCAGCCUCAGCUUCUACGCUCUCAGCAACACGGCCACGGAGUUAGAGUUCCAGGCCCACGUGGUGAACGAGAUUGUGAGUGUCAAGAGGGAAUACGUAGUUUAUGAUCUGAAGACCCAAGUCCCACCCCAGCAGCUGGUGCCCUGCUUCCAGGUGACGCUGAGCCUGAAGAACACGGCACUCAAGUCCAUCAUCGCUCUCUUGGUGCCUGCAGAGGCGCUGCUGUUGGCUGACUUGUGUGGGGGGCUGCUGCCCCUCCGGGCCAUUGAGCGUAUAGGUUACAAGGUGACAUUGCUGCUGGGUUACCUCGUCUUCCACUCCUCCCUGGUGCAGGCCCUGCCCAGCUCCUCCUCCUGCAACCCACUGCUCAUUUACUACUUCACCAUCCUGCUGCUGCUGCUCUUCCUCAGCACCAUAGAGACUGUGCUGCUGGCUGGGCUGCUGGCCCGGGGCAGCCUUGAGGCCAAGAGCGGCCCCAGCCCAGCCCCGGGAGGGGAACAGCGAGAGCAUGGCAACCCAGGGCCUCAUCCUGCUGAAGAGCCCCCCAGAGGAGUAAAGGGGUCACAGAGAAGCUGGCCUGAGACUGCUGACCGCAUCUUCUUCCUCGUGUAUGUGGUUGGGGUGCUGUGCAGCCAAUUCGUUUUCGCCGGAAUCUGGAUGUGGGCAGCGUGCAAGUCUGACCCAGCCCCUGGAGAGGCUGCACCCCAUGGCAGGCGGCCUAGACUGUAACGGGGCAGGGCCUGGGCUGCACACCUUAGGAUGAGGUUUGCCUUCCCAUGGCUGGGGGAGGGCCAUGACAGGGUCUCUGGAUUAAGCCACCCUGAGCUCUCCCUCUGCUAAUACAAGCACAGAGUGUGAAAUAAACCCAUCUCCAGUGCAA